GUAGUAAUGUGUGUGUGUGUCAGUAGCCGUGUACAGAGUAGUAAUGUGUGCGUGUGUGUAUUUUCUCUCCCCCCGUCUAGUCAUCGUGAUCCAGCUCAGUCCUGCUCCAGCCCCUUCCCAGCGUGCAGCUCUCCAGCUGCCGCUGGCCAACGACGGAGGCAGCCGCUCCUCGUCGACAGAGAGCUCCCCUCAGCACCACUCCCACCCCAGCCGGCCGCGCCACCUGCUCACGCUGCCCACGCCGCAGUACGGCCUGCAGAAGAGCCUGGAGAAUGCGGAGAUCGACCAGAAGCUGCAGGAGAUCAUGAAACAGACGGGCUACCUGAAGAUCGACGGCCAGAGACACCAGGCGGAGGUGACCGACCUGAUCAGCGAGGGGGAGAUCGGCAGCGGCACGUGCGGACAGGUCUUCAAAGUGCGCUUCAAGAAGACGGGCCACGUCAUUGCCGUCAAACAAAUGAGGAGGACCGGAAACAAGGACGAGAACAAGAGGAUCCUGAUGGACCUGGACGUGGUGCUGAAGAGCCACGACUGCCCUUACAUCAUCCAGUGCUACGGCGCCAUAGUUACGAAUACGGACGUGUUCAUCGCCAUGGAGCUGAUGGGGACGUGUGCUGAGAAGCUGAAGAAGAGGAUCCAGGGGCCCAUCCCAGAACACAUCCUGGGGAAGAUGACCGUGGCAAUCGUAAAGGCGCUGCUGUACCUGAAGGAGAAGCACGGGGUGAUCCACCGGGACGUCAAGCCCUCCAACAUCCUGCUGGACGCCAAGGGUCAGAUCAAGCUGUGCGACUUCGGCAUCAGCGGACGCCUCGUCGACUCCAAGGCCAAGACCCGCAGUGCCGGCUGUGCCGCCUACAUGGCGCCUGAGAGAAUAGACCCUCCAGACCCCAGCAAGCCUGACUAUGACAUCCGGGCUGAUGUGUGGAGCCUGGGCAUCUCUCUGGUGGAGCUGGCCACGGGACAGUUCCCCUAUAAGAACUGCAAGACGGACUUUGAGGUUCUGACCAAAGUUCUGCAGGAGGAUCCGCCUCUUCUCCCUCUCGGCAUGGGCUUCUCCCUCGACUUCCAGUCCUUCGUCAAAGACUGCCUCACAAAGGAUCACAGAAAACGGCCAAAAUACCACAAGCUGCUCGAGCACAGUUUCAUCCGGCGCUACGAGGUGCUGGAGGUGGACGUGGCCGGCUGGUUCCAGGCGGUCAUGGAGCGCACCGAGUCGCCGCGCAGCAGCCAGUGUUACAGCCACCAGCACCAGCUCCACUCUCUGUUCAGCAGGUAGCCCAGACGCAGCACCCCGGAGCCCACCAGAGGAGGAGGAGGAGGAGGAGGAGGAAGGGAGGGACGGAGACGAGGAAGAGGGCUUAGAGCGGAUAGAUGGACGGACGGAAGGAUAGAUGGAAGGGGAGGGGCAAAGGGUCAAUUGAACCGGGGGGGGGGGGGGUGUAUCAGGACAGGCAAACACACAGAAGAGUGGUUACGGCGCUCAUCCAAGUUAGCUGUUAAAAAGCAGGGGACACUAGAGAACCUGCGACGUCAUGGCCGAUGUUGUGUAUCCCCCCUCCCAUGUACAGCACACGAGCCCUCACUCCCACUCUGCCCCGCGGUGAAGCCAGUGUAUAGCUAGACUGGCCCGUUCACGCUCUGUGUAUAGCUCACUAACUAACCCUCUCACACGUUGUGUACGUCAGUGUUCAGCUCCAGCAUAGGUUCUGGUCACAGGACCUGUCAACAGAGUAGUCGACACACACUGGAGCAAACUGUCAUGUCCUGUAGCAUUAGCGCCGUUAGCUAGGGGAGCUAGCAUCUGUUUCACACACGCAUGUUUGGCUAGGUUCCUAAAGAACACGUCCAGUGCAAUAAUCAGCCGGGUAUAAUGUUACUGUCACUCACUCUGUGUGCGCGUGUGUGUGUGUUUGUGUGUACACACAAGAUUAGGGUCACUACAUUAUGGAUAUCUAUAGCUGUUCCGCACAGCAGUUUCUAACCCACAAAUUACUUUGAAAUGACUAAAUUACUAAACAAAAUUACUAACCUAAAAACCACACACACAGUAGACGAAGCAAACAUUAACCAAGAUGCUUAGUUAAUUUUCUAAUGAACGUAAAAUUGGGGGAAAAUUUAGAAAAAUGCAACAAAAAAAUUAGAUGUAUUUUACCAUAGCGCUGUAGAAAGGUUUAGGUAAUUUUUAAAUGGAGGUGGACUUAAGAGCUGUCUUAAGAGAUGGAGGGAUAGAAUAGAUGAGUGGAAUGAAGAAAAAACGGUUUAGCCAUUAGCCAAGAGAGAGAAGAAACAACCCAGAGAGAGAGGGAAGUGGAGGAGGGAUACAUCCUUUCAUCUGGAGAGACACAGGGGAGGAAUACAGGAGCAUAUUCAAGACAAAGAGUAGGAAGUAGAUUUCCUGGUUUCCUUCCUUCCUGCCUGGCUUCCCUUCCUUCCUUCUCUCUAGCUCUCUCCUUAGGCUCGGAGAUCUGGUUAAACCAAAGGCUGUAGUGUUGUUGUAUGUGGAGGGAGUUGGACUAGGCCCUCCAGCCACGGUCGCACUGCCCCCCCCCCCCCCCCCCCCCCCCUUCUGCACGGCCAGAACUGAAGCCUGCUAGCUAGACCCCCCACACACACACACCCACACACACACACUUACCAGACCAAAUCACCGCUAGGAAGUGAGAGAGGCAGACAAAACAUCCGGAACUCAGAGAAGACAAGGGGACCUGGAACGUUGACUGAAGGCGGUAGAGGAAGAGAGAAGAACAGGGAAGAGAGUGGAACUAGUGGAAUGUGUACAAUACGGAGUGAAAUGGCGGGAGGGAGGGAGAGAGAGGAGGAAGAAGGAAAAGAAAGUGAGACGAGGAUAACAGAAGGGCUUGGGGGCAGUCUAGAGCUAGUGGAGAUGAGUGAACAUUAAGGGUGAAAACGUUUGAUGGAGAAGAAGGCAGUGGAGCAGCUUGUUUGUAUGGGUCAGAUGCUAAAGCUAGCAGGACAUUGUAAAAGCUUUUAUGGUGUUACACACCAAAGUACCAACUGUCAUUUUAGCGAGUGACUUAGGAUUUGUUUUAAUGGUGUUUGCUGUUCUAUACUAUCUCCAGAGAUGUUAUAUUAUUAUUUAUUUAUUUACAUUGCUACCGCUGCUACGUUUUGCUUUAGACACACGCUGCUGUCGACUUGUUUUUUCCCCAAAGGAUAAAAUCUUUUUUUUUUUUAUUAUUAUUUUUAAAACCAAAUACAUCAAAUAAUGCAAAUCUAAACACGUUACCAAAUACAAAGAAGAAAGUCUGACAAUGGCUAAAGAAAGUGAGAGGAUGAAGUAGGAAAAGAGAGAUUGAGUAGCGGAGGUUUGUGUGUGUGUGUGUGUGUGGGUGGGGGGGGGGGGGGGGGGGG